UUAAAACUCUCAAGAAGCCCUAAAAACCAUUCACAAUUACAUCAAAAAAUACCUUUUCAAAUUCUUUUUUUACAUUCAUAAAGCUAAGUAUCUCGAAUAGAUUAAGAUCUAUCUAUGGCUCAGAUUAACUUUGAGGGUUUGAGAGAGCUACACGACUGCGUAAACUAUCUCCUCCAUCACUGUCCGAAAACAAGAGAAUCUCUGUCUCAACAAGGACAAGAGAAAUGGACGGAACAAGUUUCAGAAGCUUCAUUGAGGAUGUUAGACAUCUGUAACGUAUCCAAAGAUGUGAUGACGCUCGUGAAACACAGCUUGCAAGAUCUACAACUGACUCUACGUGGCAACGAAUCAUCUGAUGUCAACGAGAAGAUAGCUGCGUAUAAUCGGUAUAAGAACAAGCUCAAGAAGGAGACACUGAAAUGCUUAAACUGUUUGAAGAACAUGAAAGGAAACGAAGGAAGAGUGGCCAUGCCAAUAGAACAGAACCUUCUGUUUGUCACAGAAGUUUUGAAGGAAGUGAGAAGAGUCGUUGUGACGAUGGUUGAGUCUUUGUUCUCACUUGGUUGUAUUCCUUGGCUAGAGAAGAGAUCGAGCAAAGGGUCUUUGUCUUCGAUCUUUUCCAUUCGGUCUUCCUAUUUGUUAGAUGAUGAAUGGGACGAGACUGCGGUGCAAAGCGCGACUACGAGGUUGGAGGCGGCGGAGAUUACUGUAGUGGAGCUUGAAAUAGAGUUGGAAUCUAUUUUCCGGCGAUUGAUUCAGACGAGAGUUUCACUUCUUAAUAUUCUCACCAACUAGAUAAUAUAUGAUAUGUCCGGAUCGGUUAGGUUUUGCUUCAAGCGGACAUGUUUAGUUAACAUUAAAUAGAUUGAUUUGUAAACUUAUUUUCAAGUUUGCAACAUCAAAUUCUUUUAUUCUAUAUAAUUUAUUUUUUUACCCGUUUCCUAAACUGGCUACUUGGAUUAAAGACUUGAAGUUGAAGGCACACUUUUUGUCUUCACCAAAAAUAGAGUCAAAAUGAAAUUGUUAUUCAAGUAAAAUUUGAAUUAU